AUCAUCGAUUUUUAUCCACCCUGGAAAAUUAGACUGAGGAAAAAAUAGAGAAAUUAGCCUGAGAAAAAAAUAGAUAAAUUAGCCCGAGGGAAAAAUAGAUAAAUUAGACUGAGAAAAAAAUAGAUAAAUUAGCCUGAGGGAAAAAUAGAUAAAUUAGACUGAGGGAAAAAUAGAUAAAUUAGCCUGAAAAAAAAAUAGAUAAAUUAGACUGAAGGAAAAAUAGAGAAAUUAGUCUGAGGGAAAAAUAGAUAAAUUAGACUGAGGGAAAAAUAGAGAUAUUAGCCUGAGUAAAAAAUAGAUAAAUUAGACUGAGGGAAAAAUAGAGAAAUUAGCCUGAGGGAAAAAUAGAGAAAUUAGCCUGAAGGGAAAGAUAGGGAAAGGAGGAGGAAGGAAAAAGAGAGAGAUCGAGAGAAAGGGAGGGAGGCAGGGGAAUUAACAAAGGAGAGAAGCAAUGGAAGGAGAGACCUGCAAGCAGCAGGAGAAAACACUGAGGGAGAGGAAGGAAGAGCCGACCAGCCAUCUGACCACCAUCCCACCUCAUGACCUGCCUGCUGGGAGGAGACUUCAUAAGGGACCGGCUGGAAGGACAAGACAGCAGAGUCCAGCUGGCUGAAGCAACUGGAGCUGCCUGAGCGAGGGACCAGGGUGGACGGGCAGCCAUAACAAUGGACUGUGGCAGGAGAAGGCUCCUGGAUGGGUGGAAAAGAGGGCCAGGGCAACCCGGACUCCAGUGACCCUUUCGGCUGGAAAAGGCUGGAAGCCAAGGCUGGACCGAACAUGAGAAAGUCAACUGGAGAUGCCUACAAGAUGGACAGAGCUUCAAGGGCUCCCCGGUGGCACCACCUCAGCUUUUGAUGAAAUCCUGCAGACGCUCCUGAAACUCGGUGCAAUUUCUUUUUUUCUUUUCAUUACAUUUUUAUUAUUUACCUAUAACUAUAUCGAAUAGGGUGUGAUUGACCUGGCAUUUCAUCCGCCAUAAAGACCAAAGUGAAAACAGAUGACGUAUAUACUACUUGAACAUUGCUAGUAUUGUACAAAUGCUUUUGACCAUCAUCUUCAUCCUAAUAAGAUGAUACAUAUAUAGGAUCUCGUUCCAGGUCUGCCUAGCCUAAUUUUUUCAUGUUCCAACUCCACCCUCGUGCUUCCACCCAUUGAGAGAAUCUGUUCCAUAUGUCAUAAUAUUCGGUGUUAGGAUAUAGGAGAGACACUCCUGAUUUCUGACAGCAUCAUCGAAGUCUGCAAAUCCUGGAGAGUCCGAGGUCCACCUCUGGAUCCCUCCUCUCAGGCCAACCCUAACCCUAACCAUGGGGUGGGGAGUGGGGGAGGGUCUCUAACCUUAACAAGAGAAGAUAGGGGAUGCAGUGGGAGGAAGAACUGCCUCCUUCCAGAAGACCCCAACUCUUCUCUCUCUUGGAAAGCGGGUGCUAAUUUCAGGAACACACAUUCUGGAGGGAAAUCAGCCAAAUUCCUUGUGAGUAGAAGCAGCUCUACAGAGCAGGGGGUCCCCAAACUUGGCCACUUUAAGACUUGUGGACUUCAACUCCCAGAAUUCUUCAAAUAGCAUAGCAGGCUCUGGACUGCUGGGAGUUGAAGUCCAGAAAUCUUAAAAGUUGUCUAGUCAUCUGCACAGAGGAGUGAAGGACCAAGAGAGGUCUUUGCUGCCCUCUGCUGGACGGUUGUGGAACUCAUUUCUCAAACACAUUUUCCCGUUUGUUUGUUUUUUCCCUGCUCCAUCCACUUUCGUUUCCUGAGCGCCCUGAAGACGAAGCAGAAGACUUCCCUUGGAAGAGAUCCAGCAGAGAAGCAGAUCCUCCUGCCGGUGGGGAUUCCCGAUUCCCUCCAACCAGGGCACCAGAAGUGUCAACAACCCACAAGAACCAAGCAUGGCCCUGGCAGAGGACGCCAUCGAGAUUCCAGCCCUGGGCCGCCCCUUCCAGCUGGGGAUGCUUUACGACUGCCGCAAGGAUGCCCUCAUCCCAGGGUUCACCCUUUGGGAUUACAGCUAUCUUCAGAAGGACCUGAACAUAAACCUUCAGCCCAAGACAAAAUCAGAAAUCAUUUCUUCGGACAGCAUUGAUGACAAGGCCUUUGCCCUGGACAUCUCAGCUUCCCUCAAGGCCAGUUUCCUUGCGGGGCUGAUUAAAGUGGGAGGGUCAGCAGAGUAUCUCCAUGACACCAAGAAGUCCAAGAAACAGGCCAGAGUCACCGUUCAGUACAAAACCACCACCAGGUAUGAACAGCUGACAAUGAACUACCUAGGAAGGCAGAAUGUCUCUUACCCAGCUGUCUUUGAGCAUGGCACAGCCACCCACGUGGUCACUGCCAUCCUCUAUGGAGCCCAGGCCUUCUUUGUCUUUGACCGAGAAGUUUCUUCAACGGAGAUGGUAAAAAAUAUAGAGGGAAACCUCCAGGCUACACUCACGAAGGAAAUAUCUAUUGGAGGAGAAGCAGAGGACCAACUGACUGAGGAGGAGAAAGAGAAUGCUCUGAAGUUCAGGUGCAAAUUCCAUGGAGACUUUUCUUUGGAGAGAAAUCCAGUCACUUUCCAAGAUGCCAUGAAAGUUUAUGAAUCUCUACCAAAAAUAUUAAGAGAACGUGGGCAGAAGAUUGUGCCUGUGCAGGUCUGGCUCUACCCACUGAGCAAGCUGGACCCCAGAGCAGCUAAACUGGUCCGUGAGAUCAGCCUAGCAUUGAUCUUUGAUGCUGAAAAGAUCUUGGAGGAACUCAACGAAAUUGAGAUGCAAAUCAACGAUCUAGCCAAGAAUCCCAUUGCUGAGACCUUCCCUGAGAUCCAGAGGAAGAUCCAACUGUUCAAGGAUCUGUGCAAGCAACACAGGCAGACUUUCCAGAAAAAGCUGGCCAGAGAGUUGCCUUCCAUCCGGGGAGGAGGGCAGGAGGAAGGGACCCUGCUAGACAUCUUGACAUCUGUCAAUCAGUCGCCCUUCAACAGCCAAAAACUCUUUGAAUUUCUGGACACCAAGGAAAGAGAAAUUAACUUUAUCAAAUCUUAUCUGACUAUUCUCAAUAAUAUAGAAGUUAUCUCAUCUCAGAACAAUCUGGAAGAAAUAGUUCUUGACCUCCAGAAUGUAUAUGUGGUCUCCUUUACAUUCACUUCUUUACAUAAAGAGGAACAAUUUCUCUUGAGAUUACAGGAUUGGCUUCAGGAGCAAUUCUUGAAAGAAUUAGGUAACUUGACAACGUUUUUUCUCCCGCAGGAGGAAGACACGGCCUGGUUUGAGGACAAGGAGUGGACUCGCAGUGCUCGCCAAGCUGCCAAAUCCAUCAAAGACUUUUUCAGUAUCAAUCAAUCCAAUGAGGAAGUCCACUUUGUUGUGGCCUCUCUCCCAGAUCUGGACACACCAGGGCCUACCAUGUAUCUUUAUGAAGAGGGCGAGCUGGUCAGCAAGAAUUUUGAGUUGCCCUCAAAACCUCUCCCUUUCCUGAUCAGUGAACUAAGACAUGACAGCAUUCAACUGAAGUUUCAGCCAGCUGAAUAUGGAAAGGCUUCCAUCUCCAACUAUCUAGUAGAGUACAAGGUUGCAGGAGAAGAAACCUGGAAGACCGUGAGGACAGAGGAUGCCGGGGAGAUGUUCCUGCUGAAAGAUCUGCCUCCAAACACAGAGUACCAGUUCCAGUAUGCUGCUUGUUGCAAGGUAGGCCAUGGUAGAACCAGUGGCCUGAGCCCAUCCAUAAAGACCCUUCCCACCAGCCCUCCUAAGGAAUUAAGAAUGGUCACUGCGGCAUCUUCUGUCAUCUCUGUGGCCUGGAUAAGUCCCAGCAUCAUUGCCUCAGGAGUUGUGGUCAAGGAGUACAAGGUGGAGUACAGAAUGGUGAAGGCUGGAAUUGGGAGUGUCCAGUGGACUGAAAAAAGGACUGGGAGUAAAACAGAGGUUUAUUCCAUUGAAGGUCUGAAGCCCCAGACGGCGUAUAGAAUACGGGUGUCAGCCAUGUGUGAUAAUGGAGUUCUGGGUGUCCCCAGUGAGGAGUUGGAGGUCUCCACAUCACUGGAGGGAGAAAGUGCAGACAAUGUAGCCACCCAGUUCCUUCAGAAAAGCUCCCUGGUGGAGGACACACAGCCACUAGUUUUCGCCCUUCCUCUGGAGGAAGUCCCCUCAGAUGCCUCCACCUUCUCUCUGAUGUACCAUUUUGGAAAGGAGAACCUGGAAGUGCCCAACAAAGUCAUCCUGGUGAUGGGAGAAACAGGAUGUGGGAAAACUACUCUGAUCAAUGGGAUGAUGAAUUACAUCCUGGGUGUCCAGUGGGAAGAUAAUUUCAGAUUCAAACUCACUCAUGAAACCACUCAGAGGAGAGAAGCUGGAAGGAGGACAUCUGAAGUUACAGCCUACGUGGUGAACCAUCAGAAGGGUUUCCAAAUUCCCUAUUCUCUCACAAUCAUUGACACUCCAGUAUUUGGAGGCACAAGUGGUGCAGAGCAAAACAAACUGGUGGAGAAGCAGCUCCUGGAGUUUUUCUCCACCCCAGGGGGCAUUGACCACGUGGAUGCCAUCUGCUUGGUGGCCCAGGCCUUCCUUGCCCAUUCAACUCACACCCAGAAAUGCAUCUUUGAUUCCAUGCUCUCCGUGUUGGGAAAAGACCUGAAGGAAAACGUCCAACUUCUGAUCACCUUUGCAGAUUGGGGAACCCCAUCUGUCCUGGAGGCCCUCAAGGAGACUGACCUGCCUUGUGCUCAGGACGAGUCGGGAAUCCCUCUGCACUUCAGAUUUAACAAUUCAGCCCUCUUUGCUCCCCGAAAAUAUGGAGGAAGCCCUAAUGCUGCUGCUGAAAUGUUAUGGAAAAUGAGCAUCGAGAACAUGAAGGAUUUCUUUGACUCAUUAAAGAUGAUGGAAACCAAAAGUUUAACCUUGACCAUGGAGGUCCUCAAGGAACGUCAGGAGCUGGAAGCUGCUCUUAGAAGUCCUCCCCCUCCUAAGGUUGAGCAAGUGCACCCAAAUAGUUUCCAGAUCAGUAUUGAUCCGGCAGCCAUCGGGAAGGCUUCGGUCUCCAGCUACCAGGUGGAAUAUCGGAUUGCAGGAGACAAUUGGAAAAGUCUCAGUACUGAAGGCCCAAAGGAUCAAUUCACCCUGGAAGAUGUCCACCUAAACCUUCAGUACCAAUUCCGAUGUGCAGCUGUGACUCCGGGAGGGCUCAGUCAAUGGAGUGAGGCAAUCACUUGCAUCUGUCCUACGGGGAGGCCUGCUGAGAAAUCCCGGGUUUUGUGCUGUGCGACUGGUCUGGAAACGGCUGGAAGCAUCCCAGGGCCUGAACGGAGGAUCGUCCUGGUGGGCAGAAGCGGAAGUGGGAUAAGUGCCACGGGAAACACAAUCCUGGGAAGGAAAGUCUUGCAGUCUGAGUGGUCAUUUCAGUCAGUAACAGAAGCAUGCCAAAAGGAGGAGGCGCAACUGAAGGGCAGGAAGGUUGUGGUUGUUGAUACGCCUGGCUUUUCCUCUUCCCAUCGGCCAGACAAGGCUAUUGCUGAAGAAGUGAGAAAGUGCAUGAAGUUUUUCCCGGGUCCCCAUGUCAUUCUGCACGUGAUCCAUCCUUCCCAUUCCUUCCAGUGGGAGACGGGUGUGGCCCAGCAGAUCAAAGAGGUUUUUGGCCUGAAAGCCAAGGAUUACAUGAUCCUCUUGUUCACCCGCAAAGAUGACCUGGAAAGUGAAUCUCUAGGAAGUUUUAUAUCUGUCCAAGGGGAAAAAUAUAUUGCUGAAUGUGGGAACCGGAAGUUGGCUUUCAACAACAAAGCCGAAGGGGAAGAACGAGAGGCUCAGGUGGCCGAACUGAUGGCCAUGAUUGAUGAACUGGUGGAAAUGAACAAAUAUGCUCCUUGCUACAGAGAAGACAUGAUGAACGUCAACAAAAGACACAACUUCUGAUUGUUUCCUUUUGCAUCAGAGACCAGGAAGUCCCUCUGCCUGGUCAUCUGCUCCCAAGGUGGCAUCUCUGCCCAAGGCCCCUGUCAAGUUUUUGCUGUUGCAAUACAAUGUACUCAAUAAAGUUUUGCAUUAAGAGA